CUUUGGUUCAGCUGGCUGUCACCGUAGUGGAAGUGGGUUGUUUUGGUUUAGUGUAAACCGGUUCUGUACUGUGUAGUAAAGACGGUGGCAGAAUGUUCAGUGGUACAUAAAACCAAAUGAAAUGUGUAUAGAAGACGCGUAAUUCUUUUAGGCCACCUGCCGUCGUAUUCUUUUUGUGACUGCUCCUUUUGGAAAAAUGUCGGAAACCAACCCAGGGAAUCCGGUAGCGGAAGAAGAUGUACAGGAGCUUAGAGCCAGAAUGAAACUAAUUGCUGAUGCAGACCCAUCUCAGUACCAUAAUUCCUUUUCACUGAUGAGAUAUCUUCGAGCUUUCAAAACUGUUGACGCAGCCUUUCAGGCAAUUCUGAAAACUAACAAAUGGCGUAAGGAAUAUGGUGUCGAAUUGUUAAACGAAAAAAAUCCAAUUAUCCAGAAGCAUGUGGAAGGGAAGAAAGCAAGAGUGCUGCGUCACAGAGAUGUCAGUGGGAGGCCGAUUAUUUAUAUUCCAGCAAAAAACCACAAUGUUAAUGACAGGGACAUUGAAGAGCUGACAAAGUUUAUCGUUUUCUGCCUGGAAGACGCAUGCAAGAGAUGCUUUGAGGAGGUGAUAGACAACUUGUGCAUAAUAUUUGACUUGAAGGACUUUGGAAUAACGUGCAUGGACUACCAGCUAAUCAAGAACCUCAUAUGGCUUCUGAGCAAGCACUACCCUGAACGGCUGGGCAUUUGCUUGAUCCUGAAUGCACCAGCAGUCUUCUCCACCUGCUGGCCAGUCAUUAGGGGAUGGUUGGAUGAGAACACUUCCAGAAAAGUUAAGUUUGUGGAUGAUAUAAAUGACUUAACAACAUAUCUUAUACCUGAUGUUAUACCUGAAAAUAUGUAGAAUGAGCAAGUAUCACUUUCACAUAAAUAUCGAUUUCAUUGUUAUAGAAGUGCAUGGCAGCACCAGCCAUUCAUAAAAUUAUUUGAGCUCUAAUCAAAAACAGAUCAUUUCAAAAUAUUUAAUGCUUACUCAUGUGAAUUUAUUUAAAGUACUGACAGUUUGUCUCUCUUGCCCAUAUAUUGUGUUACAGUCUUCAUCACCAAACUGUGUAACAGUACAGCUAAUUUUUGUGAUGUGUAGAUACCCAGGACUUCAGGACAAAUAAGAACAUUUAUUAGUAAAACAUGAAUUCAGCAUUUAAGCAUUUCAUCAUUAUUAGUAUGCAUUAAUCCUAUAUAUCUUCAUGAGGAGCAAAAUAAAAGAAGUGUAAUAACUUUUAUUGUUUUGUGUAAAAAUUUCAGCUAACAUUGGAGAGUUGGUGAAGGCUUCAUCAGUGUAAAUUAAAUCAGUUGUGAAAUGCAAAUGAGUGCUUUUUUUAGUUCCUGUAUUUUGCAUUUUAAUGGUGUAACUAACCUAAACAUUUACUCGUAUCAGUCGGUGUUGUAGUUAUUUUUAGCAUUUUUUCUGUAGUAUCUUGUGUUUCUCACCCUCAGUGUUACAGUUAUAUUUGUCAUUGUACAUGCAGUUGCAAAUGCUUUUAUGGUGGUUUCAGUGUGGCCUUCAAAGUUUUGAAUGUUGUUGUUUUCUCUUUUAAUGAAGCAUGCAAUGUAUAGAUCAUUCCUUUAGUUUUAAUUUAGAGCCAUCUGUCAAAAGAAGACAAAAAAAUUCUGAAUACCACAGUCAGCAUCUCUUUCUGAAAAUGUCAUUUUUUAAAUUAAUGCUGAAGAGAAUAUGGUAUGAUGAUGUACUUUUGUAUCUAAUCCAUGAGAUACCUAUUUGUAGAAAUAGAAGAAAAAUGUUCAUAUAUCUUGCACUAAAACUUUAUUUACUGCUGUAUUAAUUUUUUAAGGAUCACUAUGUAUCAGUGUUAUGUAGGUAUAUGAUUCUGUAAGCUGUCACAUUACUAAGUAGUUGAUGACAUGUUUGCACAUAACAGGUGUUUUAGAUUUACUUAAUUUUUGUGCAAGACAUUCUCUAAUUUUCCAGUUAAAUUUGCAAGUACACCAAAAUCCUAAAUGGAGCAGCAAAUAUUGAGUUGAUCGUACAUCACUCAGACAUUUCACUAGUUGCUGUGGAAGUAAUGACUGUGAAUUUCAGUGUAUUGGCAUGGUACUUUGACACACUAACUUGUUUCUUGCCUUCAAAAGUCUUUGGCAAAGACUGUACUUUUUAUUUUGUUAAAACUUCUAACUUUGUUAACUAAAGAUUUUUGUCAUUGGUUAGGUUGAUUUUAUGUAUGUGAAACUGAAUUCAAAUUCAGUGGUUCGGUUAUCAAAUGAAGUUGCUUGUUUAUAUUAAAAACAAAGAUUCCAAGACUUACCAAGCGGGAAAGCGCCGGCAGACAGGCACAUGAACAAAACACACAAACACACACACAGAAUUACGAGCUUUCGCAACUGGCAGUUGCUUCGUCAGGAAGGAAGGAACGAGAGGGAAAAAUGAAAGGGUGUGGGUUUUAAGGGAGAGGGUAAGGAGUCAUUCCAAUCCCGGGAGCGGAAAGACUUCCCUUAGGGGAAAAAAAGGACAGGUGU